UUAUGAAAAUGAACGAAUUUUAGAACAGUGGAGUCAAAGGUGUAUACUAAAAAUAGUAAACAUACUGAUUUACGAAGACACGCAAUCAUAUAAUUUAAGCAUUGAUUAAUAUAAGUUAAGAUUCAUAAUGAACGUAGCCGCCUUUUCGUCCUUAUCCAUCACAAACUGGAACUACGCUUCUCUGUUUCUUCAUGCUACAAUCAGUGAUAGAUACGUACUCCCUCUUCUUCACGUUGAUCUCAUUCUUUCUAUCCUUCCACCUAUUCCGAUGUCCGUCGCCGUCAAGGAUUUCUCCACCGCUUCAUCCUCUUCACCUCCGGCGAUUCCGGUUAAAGUCAUCCCUCUCCAGCAUCCCGAUUCCACCUCUUCUAAUCCGCUCUGUCAUCACUCAGUUCCCUUCAAUAUUUUCUUCUCCCGAUGGACGGAGAAGAUCAAGCGUAUGACGUUCUUCGACUGGAUUGAUACGAUUUUUCCUUGCUUCCUUUGGAUUCGGACUUACCGUUGGCAACAAUACUUUAAGCUUGAUCUUAUGGCUGGUAUCACCGUCGGUAUCAUGCUUGUUCCUCAGGCAAUGUCGUAUGCAAGGUUAGCUGGGCUUCAACCAAUAUACGGUCUAUACUCCUCGUUUGUGCCGGUAUUUGUGUAUGCUGUGUUCGGUUCAUCCCGUCAGCUUGCAGUUGGACCUGUAGCAUUAGUAUCCCUUCUAGUUUCUAAUGCCUUGAGUGGUAUUGCUGAUCCAUCUGAAGAGUUAUACACUGAGCUUGCCAUUUUGUUGGCUCUUCUCGUUGGAAUAUUUGAGUGCAUCAUGGGGUUCUUGAGGCUUGGAUGGCUUACUCGUUUCAUAAGUCACUCAGUCAUAUCUGGAUUUACAACUGCUUCAGCUGUUGUGAUUGGGUUAUCCCAAUUAAAAUACUUCCUGGGAUAUAGCGUUUCUCGGAGCAGCAAGAUUGUGCCUUUAAUUGAGAGUAUUAUUGCUGGAGCUGAUCAGUUUAAGUGGCCACCUUUCUUGUUGGGAUCUACCAUUCUUAUCAUCCUUUUAGUAAUGAAGCAUGUGGGAAAAGCAAAGAAAGAACUUCAGUUUGUACGAGCAGCAGGACCACUCACAGGGCUUGCUCUUGGUACAACAAUUGCAAAAGUGUUCCAUCCACCUUUCAUCUCGCUGGUGGGAGAUAUACCUCAGGGCCUUCCAGAGUUUUCAUUCCCAAACAGUUUUGAUCAUGCAAAAUUAUUGCUUCCAACAGCGGCUCUCAUUACUGGUGUUGCCAUCUUGGAAUCUGUAGGCAUUGCGAAAGCACUCGCUGCAAGAAAUAGAUACGAGUUGGAUUCAAAUUCAGAGUUGUUUGGUCUUGGUGUUGCAAAUAUAUUUGGGUCAUUAUUUUCUGCGUAUCCGACUACAGGAUCCUUUUCUAGGUCGGCGGUGAAUAGCGAAAGUGAAGCUAAGACUGGCCUAUCAGGCCUUAUAACAGGAGCCAUCAUUGGAUGUUCUCUAUUGUUCUUGACCCCAAUGUUUAAGUAUAUACCACAGUGCGCUUUAGCAGCAAUAGUGAUAUCUGCAGUUAGUGGCUUGGUGGACUAUGAAGGGGCAAUCUUUCUGUGGCGUGUGGACAAGAGAGAUUUUACUCUCUGGACCAUCACUAGCACCACCACUUUGUUCUUUGGAAUAGAGAUUGGGGUCCUCAUUGGUGUUGGUGUUUCACUUGCAUUUGUUAUCCACGAGUCUGCAAACCCUCAUAUCGCUGUCUUGGGGCGUCUUCCAGGGACCACUGUAUACAGAAACAUAAAGCAGUAUCCAGAAGCAUACACUUACAACGGGAUUGUGAUUGUUCGAAUCGAUGCUCCCAUAUAUUUUGCCAACAUAAGCUAUAUCAAGGACAGGCUACGAGAAUAUGAAGUAGCUAUCGACAAACGCACAAACAAGGGGCCAGAUUUGGAGAGGAUAUACUUUGUUAUCCUGGAAUUGUCUCCUGUCACAUACAUAGACUCAAGCGCCGUAGAAGCAAUUAAAAAAUUGUACGAGGAGUAUAAAACAAGAGACAUUCAGCUUGCGAUAUCGAACCCGAACAAAGAGGUUCUAUUGAUUCUGGCAAGAUCAGGCAUUGUGGAGCUUAUUGGCAGGGAAUGGUUCUACGUGAGAGUACAUGAUGCAGUCCAAGUUUGUCUUCAUCACGUCCAGACACCACCCACAAAUGUUGAAGAAAGCAGCAAUAAUACAAGCUUAUGGAGAAGGAGUAGCGCUAAAAACUCAUCAUCAUACGCUGAAGUGAAACCCGACACAAACCUUUUAAAGGAACCAUUGGUGUUAAGAGAGAACUAAAGACAUUCAAUACUCGUUGUUUCUUUUCACAUCCCUCUCUAAUGUGAAUGAAAAUAUGAUUUCCGAAUUCUAUGUUUCUUAAGCAUAUAUGUAUAGAAAACAACAAUGGAUAAUUGGAAGCCAUAAGAUUCAUUGAUGUUAAAAUGAAACCAUAAGAUAAGAUUCAUUGAUGUUAAAAUGAAACCAUAAGACAAGAUUCAUUGAUGUUAAAAAAAAAAACCAAGCGAUAAGAUGAUUAGAAAUUAACCUAAUCUCGAAUCGAAACUCCUAUUACGAA